UGCUGCUGCCGCCUUUGACCUGCUGUAAAUUUAUUACAAUCUAUAAGAAUAAAUAGGAAAUAAAAGCAAUAUGACUGGAAUUAUGGACACAGUAGAAAUGCCAAAAUUACCGGAAAACCAAAAAACAUUCGCGGGGAUACCAGAAGCAAUAUUUUUAGAAGAAAUUGAUACAUUUAUGUCACAGCCCGAGAACGAAAACUGUGAGAAAGUGUUGCAACGACURGACGAACAGCAUGGCAAGUAUCGAUUCAUGGCCUAUAACUUAGAGGCGCGCCGUCACAAGCUUAAAUCUCAGAUACCCGAUCUGGAGCGUUCGUUGGAAAUGGUCAAUGUGUUGCGCAAAGAGGAUGAAGAGCGUGAAACGCAAUUUCUGCUCAGUGAUCAGGUGUUCAUCAAAACGCUAGUGCCGCCCACAAAAACGGUUUAUCUCUGGUUGGGCGCUAGCGUUAUGCUGGAAUAUCCUCUCGACGAAGCAGAAGCGCUCUUAAAGCAAAAUAUUACAUCCGCUGUGGGCAAUCUAAAGUCUGUCGAGCACGACCAGGACUUUCUCAGAGAUCAAAUUACCACAACCGAGGUAAACAUGGCGAGGGUGCACAACUGGGGCGUUAAAAAGCGGCAGGCCGCAGCUAAGAAUAAUCCCUCUACUACGCCUUCCUAGAUAACUCUUAAAAACGAAAUGAAAAAUGAAAUAA